AUGGCCAAUUCCAUCCAAACUUCCACCACUGACACUACCAACAAAAACCCCACCAAACGUAGAAAGCUAAUUCCCGACCAAAACCACCACCACCAGCACCACCGAGAACAGCCUGUCAUACCAGGUCUUCCUGACCACAUAAGCCAACUUUGCCUCUCCCUUGUCCACCCUCUCACACUUCACUCUGUGGGAUUCUCUCCCUCCACCACCAGACCCACCACUCCAUCUCCUCCUCCGUCACCCUUCCUUUAUUUCUCGUGA